CCCACAGCCCUGUGGCUUGGAGAACUUGAACUCUGUCUUCAGCUGGGUACUUCAAUUUCUCCAGCAUCAUGCCUUACAACUGCCUGCCCAACCUGAGCUGCCGCUCCAGCUCCUCCUCCAGGCCCUGCGUGCCCUCCAGCUGCCAGGGUAUCACCCUACCCGGAGCCUGCAACAUCCCUGCCACUGUGAGCAGCGGCAACUGGUUCUGCGAGGGCGCCUUCAAUGGCAACGAGAAGGAGACCAUGCAGUUUCUGAACGACCGGCUGGCCAGCUACCUGGAGAAGGUGCGCCAGCUGGAGCGGGACAACGCGGAGCUGGAGAGGCAGAUCCAGGAGCGGUCUCAGCAGCAGGAGCCCCUGGUGUGUCCCAACUACCAGUCCUACUUCCGGACCAUCGAGGAGCUCCAGCAGAAGAUCCUGUGCAGCAAGUCUGAGAAUGCCAGGCUGGUGGUGCAGAUCGACAACGCCAAGCUGGCUUCUGAUGACUUCAGGACCAAGUAUGAGACGGAGCUGGGCUUGCGGCAGCUGGUGGAGUCAGACCUGAACGGCCUGCGCAGGAUCCUGGACGAGCUGACCCUGUGCAAGGCUGACCUGGAGGCCCAGGUGGAGUCCCUGAAGGAGGAGCUGCUCUGCCUCAAGCAGAACCACGAGCAGGAAGUCAACUCCCUGCGGAGCCAGCUCGGGGACCGCCUCAACAUCGAGGUGGACGCCGCUCCCACCGUCGACCUGAACAGCGUGCUCAGCGAGACCAGGAGCCAGUACGAGGCCCUGGUGGAGACCAACCGCAGGGACGUGGAGGAAUGGUUCACCAGGCAGACCGAGGAGCUGAACAAGCAGGUGGUGUCCAGCUCGGAGCAGCUGCAGUCCUACCAGGCGGAGAUCAUCGAGCUGAGACGCACGGUCAACGCCCUGGAGGUGGAGCUGCAGGCCCAGCACAACCUGAGGGACUCUCUGGAGAACACGCUGACGGAGACGGAGGCCCGCUACAGCUCGCAGCUGGCCCAGGUGCAGGGCCUGAUCGGCAACGUGGAGGCUCAGCUGGCGGAGAUCCGGGCUGACCUGGAGCGUCAGAACCAGGAGUACCAGGUGCUGCUGGACGUGCGGGCCCGGCUGGAGUGUGAGAUCAACACGUACCGGGGGCUGCUGGAGAGCGAGGACUGCAAGCUCCCGUGCAACCCAUGUGCCACCACCAAUGCCUAUGAAAAGACCGUCGGGCCCUGCGUCUCCAAUCCUUGUGUCUCACGUACUUGGUGUGGGCCUUGCAACACCCUUGUGCGCUAGAGGCCCCCGUGUCAGUGGGAGGACAAGGGCUCCAAAGUCACAGCUCAGCUCUACUUCAUUCAAAUGUCCCCAGUAGUGACUGCUCUUCGGCCAGCACCAGCUUCCACUCAAUUCCGCAGCUUGACCUUUUAGCACAAGAGCCUGCAAAAUCCACCCUCCCGGCUGGCUCUCUUCUGAGUCACACAGAGAAAUCUACAACAACAGGAUCAAGUAAUAUCUAUUAUCACAAUGACACAUUUGCAUAAUGUAUCAGGCUUCAGCACAUACUUAUCCAAAUGUGAAUUCUAAAUAAUUACACUAAGUGUAUAGAGCUGAUUGGGCAAGUUAGACUGAACAUAAUUGGAAGAAAUCUUCCUUGUCUCUUUUGGUCUUUGGAGAUGCAAUAAAGAUCUUUGUUAACCUCCCAAUAAACUUAUUCUGACGCAGAAA